UCCCUCUUCCCCUCCUGGCCCAAGUCCUCAAAUCACGCAUCACAACCACCCACUCCCUCACCACCAGAAAUGCAAUCCAAACAGCAAACCACCCCGUCUCACGCCCGGAUCGACCCCAAGUAGAUGCCGCCAGCAUCGAACAAGAAGUCCAACAAUGCCUAGAAAUGAUAGCCAUCAGCCGCGUCUUCAACAUCGAAGGCCUCUGGGAAGUCCUGGGUGAAAUCGGACAUGAAAGUCCACCGUCCCCUUCACCCACAUCUCUCCCUCCCCUCCCGGACAACAAAACAGACGGCCCCAUCCAAUCCAGCCCCGACUGGCCCGAAAUAGUCGACAGCCAAGCACCCUCUCCUCUCUCAGAUCCAGAUCCGCCAUCGCCUACUCUCCAAAAAGAAGACGCAGACCUGGACAUCGGCCCAGAAAUACUCCUAAUAUCCACCCUCACGCAAAUAAUAAACAACCUCUUCGCCCGCAAAGAAACACCCUCCACCGACGCGCACACCCUCCUCUCUUUCCUCUCUAGACACCUCGUCACGCUAUCCCGCACACGCAAUAUCCUCACCAUCCUGCAUAACUCCACUACCCCCUCCUCUUCUCACUCCUCUUCCUCCAAACCCUCUUCCACCUUCCCCAACAAUCAAAGCGCCCCCGAAAAGAAGAAAAAAUCAAACCCGCAACCAACCUCGGUUUUCGCUUCCAACCCGCUCAAACCAGCACUAGGCAUUUUAUUCGGGCAGUUCCCCGAAUUACACCUUUUCGUGUCGCCGAUGCCGAGGGGGAGGAGCGAUGCUGAAGUUCUAUAUAGUGGAGAGAGGGAGGGAGGAGAAGUGCGGUUCGUGAGCGUGGUUGAGGUGCUGAGGGAUGAGUGUCCGGGUUUAGGUCCGGACGAGGAACGGGGAAAGGAUGAGAAGGGGAAGGGAAAGGGGUUUGGGUAUAGAGAGCAGAGGUGGUGUGCUGUUGAGGUUUGUGAUGAGGGAGCGGGAGCGGGAGCGGAAUUGAAGGGCGCGUUUGGGAUGAGGGGUGGGAUGAGGGGGAUGGGGAUGGAGAGACGGGGGAUUGGACGUGGGAUUGGGAUUGAGAGGGGCAGUACGGAGACGGAGGUGGGGAAUGUGGCUAAGGUUUGGGGGUUUGGUGGGAGGAGGGUUUAAGUUGCUGUGUGUCAUGGGCAUAUAGUUGGCCGUCUCAAUGACAAAGUAAGAUACAAAGUAGAAUACAAAGUUGAGCUAUCACCUCUUCUUCACAAUAGUACGGGAUUGCACAAUAGUAACAAGUUACUUUACAUCUCCUGGUAUCGUAUCAUACCUCAUUUCCUAUUUUCUGCGUCUUAUGUGCAAAACAAAAAGGGGAUAUCAUCUAUGUUCAACCGU